AUGGAUCAUGUUAUCAACGAAGACCUCGAGCAAGUAAUUUUCGACAAGCUCCAGAAUAAUCAAGGCUCUAUUGUCAGAGGUGUUAAACGAUAUCUCAGGACAAUAAGACCGGAAAGUCAUGGGCCAGACUCAUCAACUGAAUCUAAAGACAACACUGCUGGACUUCCAAUUCCGGAGCUUGGAAAAUCAUGGACGAAUUGGGCGCAUACCAUUUCCUUUACACCAAAGUAUACUUUCCGUCCACAGAACCUCGACCAACUGAUUGCCUGCGUGAAAAAAGCAAAUAAUGAGAACCUAAAAAUUCGAUGUGCUGCUGAAGGUCAUAGCUGGAGUACGCUCUCAGUGACACAGAGCUGUUUGCUGUUGACGGAUGAUUUGAAUGAAGUAACGGCAGAACAACAAUCGAAUGGUGAUUGGGUGCUCCAUGCGGAAGCUGGGGCGUCUAUUUCGAAAAUUGAUGAUUAUCUCAGAGAGCAUAGUCCACCGUUAACAAUCGAGUCCAUGGUUGUUCUUACAAGCAUCAGUAUUGGCGGGGCCAUCGCACCUGGAUGUCAUGGUGCGACAACAGAAGCAAGAACGCUUUCAGAACAGGUUGUUGGCUUGGAAAUAGUUACUGGUUCGGGUGAACUACAUAAGUUUGUGGAUGACCCUAACAAUCCGGAUGAGAUGAGUGCAGCGCGUGUCAGUUUAGGACUAUUGGGCGUCAUUUACAAAGUGUCUUUCCGUGUCAAGCCAAUGUUUAAAUUUCGAAUGAUAGACUCACUCCCGUUGGUAUCGCAGUUUACCAACAAAUAUCUUGAAAAUCUUGUAAAAAACUCUUUUGGAAUUGAAGUGCUUUAUUGGCCGUUUAACACUUCAC